GUCACAGUUUAUCAGUUUUAUAUGGGUUAAAUGCAGCCUUCGUGAAGUGGGACAGUGGUCUUCUAAAUGUGCAAACGCAAUUUAAUAUUUCUGUUGCAUAUUUAGAUUGACAGAACUACGUAUUUUCCCACUUCGAAUAGAAGAAAAGAGCGGUGCGCGCUCCCGACAGGGGGUGCAUUUCACGGCAGGGGUGCAGAAUUCGGCACAACACCGGUACAGACGAGACGGGCUUGGUCCCUUUCAGACGCCGCGGGAUUCGCGGGAUGGCAUCUCUUACGGUGGCGGCCCCUUUGUUCGCCACCCGCUCAGGCCGGAAGCAAUUCCGCUCGAGCGGCGGUGGCAACUCCGUGGCGUCCGGUUCGGAUGGCCACAGUAGCAGGGAUUCAUCCACCUCCUCAUUGCUCAAGGGCCAAAGCCUGGCCAACGCGCAGGCUCCCAGACGGAGUACCGGUUCUUCCGGGAUUUGCUUGCUUCGCUUCGUUUUUAGGUCUGUCAUUCUGUCACGGGAGAUCGCGGGCAGAGCGGCGAUCGUGCGGAAGGAGCAGGCAGGCAAGCGGGAUACGGGAAAACGGGGGUUUAUUCGGGGAAACCGGAGCAGGACGGGAAACAGACAUUGACAACAUCAAUGACAGACCAUGCUAACAGGUAUAUUUUAAGAGCAUCAUCAUGUCAUACCUGACUCCCAGCAUGACUAUUGGUGGAAAUGGCGGUUCAGCAUUUGACUUCACUGGUAUCACAAAUGGAGCCACACUGAAGAAGAUUUGGGUGUGGGUGAGUGGUUGGCAGGUGAAAGCCUUGAAGGUUUGGCUUACUGAUGAAAGGUCCAGGCAGUUCGGAAAUCCUGCUGGGGACUAUUUAGAAUUUACAUUUGCAGAUGGAGAGCAGUUUACCUCUCUUUCUCUGUGGGGAAAUGGAGUUGGAACACGUCUGGGUGCCAUCAAAUUCAGGACAAAUCACUCCCGGGGGUUCUUUGCACGCAUGACGAAGUGGGAUUUGAAAACAGAAUACCCAAUUGAUACUGGAUCUGGGAUCUGCAUGGGAAUCAAAGGACGAGCAGGUGCAGACAUUGAUAGUUUAGCCUUCAUAUUCAUCAACACCAUCAAGUCUACAGUGUUAAAAGAUGUUCAGUACCCCAUUCUUCAUAAGGUGGUACCCAAUGUGGCUGUUGAGGAAAUUAAAUCCAUGACUUACCAGAACACAUCCACUGUAUCGCAAGAAUGCAAAAUCGAAACCUCAAAGACAAUCACCAGAAAGUCCUCCUGGUCUGUGUCCCUCAACCAGUCAUUCACCAGUAGCAUGGAAGUGCAGGCUGGAAUUCCACAGGUUGCACAAGUCCAAACUGAAUUCAGUUUCACACUAGGAAAUGUAAGCACAUAUGGUUUGGAGAACACAGAGCAGAAGACUGAUCUGAUGUCUCUUCCCGUCCAUGUUCCUCCAGGGAAAACAAUGAAAGUCGACAUCACAAUAGGUCGGGCCACAGUAGAUCUCCCCUAUACUGGCAUAAUCCAAAUUACCUGCUUUAAUGGCAGUGUUCUGGAAUUUCAAACCAGUGGGACCUACAAGGGCCUCACUUACACAAAUGUGAACACAGUUGUGAAAGAAGUAGCCUAACUAUUAGUACAGUAAGAAUUUUUCCUGCUGUCUCUGGAGAGCUUUAGAGCAGAUCAAAUAAUCAAAAAAUGAUAAUGUAUUAUUAAGUCUUUUGUAGUUUCAGGGUUAGUUACAUUUAAAUUUAGGCACUGAAAAAGAGGGCUCUUUUUUCGGGAAAAAUCAUUGCCUAUUUAUGUUGGUUCAUUACUUUGUGGAUAAAGAUUUAAAAAUAAGAUCUCUUAAUACACUGCAAUAUAUGCGUCAUUUACAUAAAGACAAACAGUCUCCAAAACUAAUUUCACUUUUUAUUCUCUCAGAUUCUAAAUGUGAAUUAUAUUAAAAUACAUUUUUCCAGGGGAUCUACAAACCAUUUUUCAUCAUGAAAUAGUGCAAAAUUCCACAACUAUUCAACAAUUUAUUAAAACUUAAAAACCAAAAUUGAGAGACAUAAAAAUAGUCAUAAUGAUGGAGUGGAAUUUUCACCUUUUGGUGCAGCAGAUAACUUUUCACCCCACAGCCCACUGCUGUGAUCCCAGCAGGUCUGGUCAUGAUGGUCCCUGUUAGUGAAUAUAGGAACCAGAAGUGAGAGGGAGAUGCUCCAACAUCGGAAGAAGGGAGCCACAAUCUACAUCAAAGCAAAAGGGACUCACUCACACCACCUAUGACGGCAAGACUCCACAAUAGAGGAUUCGAGGGCAUUUGUGGGACAGCACAACUUCAGCUGAAAUUGGACUGAGUCACCCAGCUGGCAGGUUGCGGUUGGCUGGGAAGGAAGAUCCCUCUCAAUUAGGACAUUUUGGUUAUUGUUGGACACACAAUCAGUAGCCAAGCUUCAGGGCAAGACGUUGUGGGUAAACAGAUCACAUCUGGAGCAAAUCAACCUGCGAGAGCACUGAGGUGAUGUGCUGGUAACCUCUCCCUCUGGAGCCCAUCUUGAUGCUACAACAUGCAAAAGUUCAUGUCCUGCAAGAUGUUGCAGUGAAACUGCUGAAUCUCAGUCCAAGAGAGUGAAAAUACUCCAUGAGAAGAUAUUCAUUUAUUCGUUGAGUUUUGAUUGCCUAAUAUUGCCUGAAGUGCUGUUGUUAAUAAGCUCAGGCAGAAUACUACAUCCAAUCAAUAUGGUGUAAUUCAGUUUAAUGAUUAUGUUUUUAUUGUGUACAUCAUACUGAAGCUGAAGAGUACCUGGGUAUGUCAAUUAUCAGAAAUGUGUGUGAAAUAUAUUGUGGAUAAGUAUCUUUGGCAUGAAUUUAUCUUCAUGCUGGAGUUGUUGGUUUUUUCCCCACAAUCUCAUGUAUUACAGGGUGGAAUAAGUCUCUAACAAGUAACAUUUAAUUACUCUGAAUGAUUUUCAUUGUAUCAUUAGCGAAAUACAAAAACAAUAGGUACAGAAGGUAGGAAAGAGGUUUUUCAUUUCUUAUUGCGGCAUUCAUUUAAUUAUGCUUAUAUAUGCAACGCAUUGCAAGUUAGACGCCUUCCUCAUCUCCCUCUCCUCAUAAGGUUGCUCGCCGCUAUGCUUCUUGCGUAAUUAAGAUUCUUUGGUUUCUAAUAUAUAAUUAAGGGGGAUUUUUUCCAUGUUCUUACAUAUUACAGUAGUUUAAAGCUAUGUGUGUAAUAUAAUUUUGGCCGAUGCUGUGUAUGGAACACACUGUUGUGCUCUGCGUGAGGUGAAAUGGCUGUUCAAGUGUAACACCAACUAACAGGUGGUUCUUGGACUGUGUGUAAGACUGGGUACAAAGCAUGUGUGGUCAGAAGGUUACCUUCUUGAAUGGAAAAUUAGAGAGACUCAGCAUUAAUAAAGCAGCAAUAAAGCACAAA